UAUCGGUCACUGCGCAUGCGCAGAGCCCGGUGUCCGGUGUCAGACUGUCAGCAGCUGUUGAGACCAUGAACGGUAGGACCGAAGCAGAACAGAAAACACACCCAGAAUAACCGAGUGGACCCGGUACUGUGCAGAUACCGAUCCGGUACCGACCGGGCCGGAGCGCAGGGAGAGCCGCUGAUCUGGACCGGGAGCUAACGGGGCUGAACCACCUCCAGUCGGACCGUCUCCUGGGUUCGUUCAGCCGGCUAACGGAGGCUAACAAGCUAGCACCGUCAGCCCACCCGGGACAGACCGCUCUGACCCGGUUCUGUUUGAGGACCGGGAGCCAGGAUGCUGAUAGCAGCUAUUGGUGCAGCAACCGGAAACACGGCCGCCACCGGUAAGAAACACCGGCGGCGAGGCAAGAAACACAGGAGAGUCCGAACAGACGAGAACCGGCCUGAUGAUCUCUGUGACCUUCAGACUCUAAAUGCCAACAGCAGCCUCCCUCCGACAUUGUCGCAGAGUUGCCCCCAAACGACCAGGCUGCCCUCCCGAAAUACUCUAGAAACCACCACAUCGCCAGGAAAUACGCAAACGUGUACCGAAGAUGUCCAAGAAUCCACCCCAACACCCCUACAAAACGCCCCACUCACCACUACGUUGCCCACAGAAAGCACCCUGUUGCCCCCCCAGAGUGUCCCCCGGCCCCCCUCGCCACCUCCACAGCACACCCUAAAGACCACACCAGCCCUUAUAGAUACAGUAGAUACCCCAGGAGCUCCCCUUGUGCCUCCUGAAAGUACCCUCCAGUCAGCCCUGCUGCUCCCCGUGAACACCCCCCUGACAGCGCCAGUGAUUCCUCAGAUUUUCAGCCAGUCACCUCCCACCACAUCUCAAAAUCCCACCCACAGCCCCAGCCCAUCACCGCCAGCUGUUAACCAAAAUAUUACCCAGGAUUCCUCCAGAUUGCCUCACAGAACUCUCCAAAAUGUCACUCAGAGUCUUUCUGACGAGCAAACGGCUCCCUUUAAAUCACCUCCAACCUUACCGCACGAUAUUACCCACAAUGCAUCGGAAUUACUUUCUGCCCAGCAUCCUGCCAGAGCUCCUCCCACUCCUCCAGUAAGCCCCUCCCACCCUGACCCGUUCCCGCUGACCGCGGUGACCUUCACCUCCAGCGUCUCCUCCCACCUCUACUCCCCUGGCGCGUCCUCUUCCGCCUCCUUCCCCUGCUCCCUUGACUCUCUGGAUCCCCCCAUUGGUUUGCUUCCCAUGAUGUCAUCAGCCACCCCUCAACUGACCACACCCCCUCCCAAUUUGAGCCCUCCCCCUCCGGCAUUAACCCCACCCCCUGCACAGCUGCUGGGCUCUGACGAUGAAGAGCAGGAAGACCCGUCAGAUUACUGCAAAGGUGGUUACUACCCAGUGAUGAUCGGUGAUCUGUUUAACGGGAGGUACCAUGUGGUCCGAAAACUGGGCUGGGGACAUUUUUCUACAGUCUGGCUCUGCUGGGACCUGCAGAAGAAGCGUUUUGUGGCGUUGAAGGUGGUGAAAAGCGCUCCGCAUUACACCGAGACGGCUCUGGAUGAGAUCAAGCUGCUCAGAUGUGUGAGAGACAGUGACCCCUCUGACCCCUAUAGAGAAACCAUCGUCCAGCUGAUCGACGACUUCAAGAUCUCUGGAGUCAACGGAGUCCAUGUCUGCAUGGUUCUGGAAGUUUUGGGUCAUCAGCUGUUAAAAUGGAUCAUUAAGUCAAACUACAUGGGACUUCCCCUGAUCUGUGUCAAGACCAUCAUCAGACAGGUGCUGCAGGGUCUGGACUACCUCCACACUAAGUGUAAGAUCAUCCACACUGACAUCAAACCAGAGAACAUCUUAUUGGACGUCGAUGAGGUUUACAUCAGGAGACUGGCGGCUGAGGCAACCAUCUGGCAGAAAGCUGGAGCCCCGCCCCCUUCCGGGUCAUCAGUUAGCAUGGCUCCCAGGGAUCUACAGGUCGGUAAGCUGUCUAAGAACAAGAAGAAGAAGCUGAAGAGGAAAGCGAAGCGUCAACAGAGACUGUUGGAGGAGAGACUGGAGGAUAUACAGAGGAUGGAGGAGGAAGACUGUGUGUUGUUACAACCUGACGACACAGACAGUAACUGUUCUCUGGUCGUCAACGGCAACAACAAUUCCUGCUCCACAGCCAACAGCAAAGCCAGCCCAGAGUCCACCUGCUCCUGGUUGGAGGACAGGUGUAACGGCCACGCCCCCGGGCGGUUCUCCAGCCCCGCCUCUGGCCUAUCAGGGUUCUCCAGCUCUGUGAUGUCAGCGACGUCUGAGUCAGCACUUUCUAUUCAGUCAGGAUGCUCUAGCGGGCGAGACGUGUUCAGCGCUUCAGACUUCGUCCUCAGUCCGCUGGAUCCUCAGAACGCCCACAAGCUGAGAGUGAAGAUCGCGGAUCUGGGAAAUGCAUGCUGGGUGCACAAACACUUCACAGAGGACAUCCAGACCAGACAGUACCGAGCUCUGGAGGUUCUGAUUGGAGCAGAGUACGGACCGCCUGCUGACAUCUGGAGCACCGCCUGCAUGGCGUUUGAGUUGGCGACGGGAGAUUACCUGUUCGAACCUCAUUCAGGAGAAGAUUACACCAGAGACGAAGAUCACAUCGCUCACAUCAUCGAGCUGCUCGGCCCGAUUCCUCUGCCCUUCGCUUUGUCUGGCAGGUACUCCAGAGAGUACUUCAACAGGAAAGGUGAGCUGCGUCACAUCUCCAGCCUGAAGCCGUGGGCUCUGUUCGAGGUUCUGCUGGAGAAGUACGAGUGGCCGCUCGAUCAGGCGGCUCAGUUCAGCGACUUCCUGCUGACCAUGUUGGAUCUGCAGCCUGACCGCAGAGCGACAGCAGCGCAGUGUCUGCAGCAUGCGUGGCUGCUCACAUAAACACACACACCUCUUGUGGUUGAGGAGUGUUAGAAGUGUUUCACUCUGUCAGUGUUGAUUUCAUGUGCUGCAGGAAACAAUCACCUCGACUGACUGACGGUCUGAUUCUGAUCCUGACUGAAUCCAAACGUCCACCCUGUGAACAUGAUUCUUAAUCCACCGACCUGUCGGUCCGUCUCCCAGGACUGUCUCUCUUCCUUUCUGUGGCUCUCGGCUCCAAGCUCAUUGGUUCCUACUCAAAUUGUUAAUUCACAAUAUUAAUUUGUCAUUUCAAUAUCCAAUAGUCUAAUUCAUGAUGUUUAUCCCAAGUACCGAAAGACUAAAAGUUUAUUUGAAUUGUAGUCCCUCUGUAGCCGUCAGCUCUCUGAAGUGAACAGGUGUGUGAACGCAGGUAACAUCCAGACGUUUGGAUUCAGUCUGCUGCUCCUGCUGACCUUUGACCUCCGACAUUAAACCGCCUGUUAAAAGGUUUACAAAACUUCUGUUGAGGUUUCGUUUCUCUCCUGCAGAAAUCAGCGUCUUUAAAGUCCUGUGACGUUUUCUGAAACCGUUUCCUGCUGAUUUAAAAUCUGUUUCUUUCUUUUUUUCUCUGAUUUUAUUGGAUUUUGUUUUUCUGUUAACUUCUGCUGAGUUUAUAUUUAACUUUGCUUCCGGCUGUCUCUUUUUAUGAAACCUUAUUGAUUAUGGAUCACAGACUUCUAAGACUCCUGAACCUUCCUGAUAACGAUGAUGAUGAUGAUGAUGAGUUUUGGUUUAGACGAGCACACUGUAGCUUCCUGACAGCAGCCGACCCUCUCACUGACUCUGAUGACACUAUUGAUAACAGUAUUGAUUUGUGUAGCUCAGUCGUCCUCAGGCGACCUCUGACCUCCUCACCUGUUCACCUGCUCUCACCUGUUUCUAUGUUCAUAUAAUUAAUAGUGCCUUGAAAUGACCCCGCCCCCUCCUCCCUGUCACAGUGACAUCACCAGUGACAUAAAGAGUUUUUUUCUAUAUAUGUCUGUCUGUGUGAAAUGUCUCUUCCUAUGUGAAAAUAAAGUUCACUGAAAGCUC